UGUGAGUGAGAGAGCGAGAGAGAGAGAUCUUAUAUAACAGCAGCUCUGGGAGAAGCUGGAGAGCCAGCAGACCUCGCUCGGACGACAAAGCGGGGGACGGCAGAGCCAGCAGGGCCGUAAACUCAGCAGCGAUCGGCCGACGCGGAUGUCGCAUCUACUGUAAAUGGUGGAGGAGGCGCAGCCGCAGCUUUUUAAGAUGGAAGACCUCGGCUCCAGCAAAUAGCUUUGCCUCAAGGACCUUUCCGGAGCCACAGAUCACAGCCUUGGAUAUUAAACCGCCCCUUCUCCAGGACACAUCCAUUGCUACGCUGCUGUUAGCUACAAUGAACCCAUAUGCACCCCACAGCUGGAUGCUGUAGGUCUUUACAAAAUGUUGAAGUUGUACUAGGUUACAGAUCUCGUCAUGCCUAAUUUGUAAAAUGCCCUUUCGGCAAGGCGAGAGACAGUAAACGGUGGAGAUAUGGUGGCUCCCCUCCACAAGCUGCACUGCCUCUUGAAGAGAGCUCAGAUGCUGCUGCUCUGCCUGGGCAUUGCCUAUCUGAUGGCGGGCAGUAUUUUGCUUCUGCAGCGGUCCAGCAUCAGGGUGGCUCAGCCAAACCCUGCCAGCCUGCCACCUUUGCUGUCUCUUGCAGCACCACCAACCACCUUAAGGACAGCAGGAUUGGGCAUGAGAGCACGUUCCAGAUGGGCCACCGUUCAGGAUGUGUCUGGAGGGGAAGCCAGUGCAGGGCGAUACUGGCCCGAUUCCCGAAGCCUGGGAGUCCGACACUUACAUCGCAGCAGGUUCCACACUGUGCUGCCAGAGAGUCGAGAGCAGAGAGUUUCUCUUCACAGGAAUGGCAAACACAAAGGAACCUACAUCGGAUGCUUCCUGCACAACGUCAGCGAUCGGGCCCUGGGAGGAACGUUGCUCUAUGACACGCGCAAAAUGACCAGUUCUCUGUGUCAGGACACCUGCUCAGAAAGUGGGUACCAGUUUGCAGGUCUGGAGUAUGGAGCCGAGUGUCACUGCGGGAACCGGAUCCGGAGUCCGCAGGCCCCGGAGGAGGACUGUAACCUGGUCUGCAGGAGUGAGAGGGGCGCUCCCUGUGGUGGCGUGGGCCGCCUCUCCAUUUACAAGGUAGAACAGCAGCCACCAGGUCACCGGAAAUUCAGGAACAUUCACUUCAGCGGUUGCUUCAAGCUGAUGAAGAACAUCACUGGCACCUUCCCCGUUAACUCGCUGCAGCUGAACCUAACCACACAUUCCUGCAUCGAGACCUGCACCGAUAAGGAGCUCCCCCUGGCUGUGUUCAAGAAGCCCCACUGUUUAUGUACAUGGACGUCGUUUCUUUUCAGUCUCAACCAGCAAUUGGACAACCAGGAAUGCACAGAGAGCCCCGCUCUGAACUACACCUCCACGCCCACGGUCCCAGCAGAGCACGAUUAUUACCAGGUGUAUCACACUCCUGUGCUUGACUCCAGGUGCAGAGAGAGGAUGUUUCUGCCUCAGAGAUCCACAUCCCUGGUGGCUCUUUCCAGUUUUCCUGGUGCUGGCAACACCUGGGUUCGACACCUGAUUGAGCUCAUGACCGGCUACUACACUGGCAGCUUCUAUUUCGAUGGGACUUUAUACAACAGAGGUUUCAAAGGGGAGAAGGACUAUUGGAAGAGCGGGCGCAACAUCUGUGUGAAAACCCACGAGAGUGGUCAGAAGGAGAUUCAGAUGUUCGAUUCAGCCAUCCUGCUGAUUCGGGACCCUUAUCGAUCCUUAACGGCCGAAUUCAACCGUAAGUGCGGCGGACAUUUGGGACACGCCACAGAUGCACAGUGGAACAGUAAAGAGUGGCCGGCAUUUGUGGCCAGCUACGCUCCCUGGUGGGCAUCUCACGCUCUGAGCUGGCUGACGUUUGGACGGCGCCUGUUGGUGGUGCAUUACGAAGAACUGCAGAGUGCUCUUCUUCCCCAGCUCCGUCUCAUCACGGCCUUUCUAAACAUCACUGUCAGUGAGGAGCGGCUGCUAUGUGCGCAGAGCAACCAAGACGGGCAUUUCAAACGCUCGGGGGCACAGCGACCUGCCGGCGACCCGUUCACUCCCGAUAUGAGACAGAUGAUUGACUCCUACAUUCUUACCGUUCACCAGGCACUCCAGAGCAGGAACUUCAGUGGACUUCCACAGGAAUACCUUCCCAGAUGAUGAACUGAAAAGGUCUUGCAGGUCGUCUUUUAAACGACUGGUCCACCAGAAGUCUCAGAGAGGGAUGUCUGCACCAAAUGCUCAGCAGGGAGCAGGUGGCUCAACCUGACUCUUCCUCAAGUCAGGCACACUGUGACUAUGUGGAAAAAUAUUAUAGGCCGCUAAAGCAAAAUCAUUGUGAAAUCUAACAGUAAACCAUAAUGAAAGUGUCUUGACCCCUUCUGUUGAGAGCAAGAAAUACUCAGAGGAUUUUACGUGAUUUGAUAGCUGAGACCCAAGGUCCAUGUCUGCACAAAUGUGAGUGUGUAAAUACAAGAUAGACUUUCUGGCUCUUUAUACUUUUAAUUAACACCAUAUUGUUUGUUUGUCUAUCAUAAUCCAUGAUCAUGAAGAUAUCAUGCAAGUUGGCACAGUUUCUUGACAGUGAAGGGCAUAAACAUCAGAACUGUCGCAUUUGGCUCCACGGACUUCAUUGGACAACAUUUGGAAUAUGUUGAUUUGCAAUGAAUCUGCUCGGAAGUGUGUAUGGAUUUCUAUGAGAACUUAUUUCAUUAAAUGAAUUUAGUUUGAUGUGAGUAAAGUUGUGUAGACUGACAUGUGCUGGAAUCUGUUUGGCUUUCGUGAAGCUGGGGGAAGGAGAUUAGCAUAAUCUCUGCUGGUUGUGGAGGAGCGCUCUGCCUUCAUCUACACUGGAUUAACAGUGCCACCUGCUGGUUGAAUCACAGUACUGCACAGUAACAGGUUUUAGCGCGAGGAACAUGUCGAUAUAUUAGAUAUUAAAAUCCAAAAUGAAGUGAAUGUUCUUGACAUUUGCAUUCAAAAUUUCUCCAAGAGGGAAUUCCUUGGCAAAUUGUCAUUACAGUGUUCAUGUCCUGUCUCAGGAGCCCAAAAAUAAACAAAUGAUUAACUAAAAAAAACAAUAAAAACAAGUAUGUUUUAUACAUUGAUCAUCUCUUCACCUUCUGUAGAUGUAAGCUGUGACUCCUUAUUGUCUGCUCAAAAGUAGAUUAGUUAACACAAUUGUGUCAGACUACGUCAUAGAUGUGAAUAGGAGCAUAGCCUUCACAGCAAACAGAUAUCAGGGGAUGCAAGACUUAGAAAAUGCAAAAUUCACGGUCACAACAGGUAGACAUUUGGUGUUGGAGACAACAUACUGUAGAUCUGCGUACUCUCUUAUAGUUUUAGAAGCACAAAGUCACCAUCUCUGAUCCUAAUGAGUGUACCCCUGUCAGAUUGAUAAUCGUUCUACAAGUCACAGUGUAGCACAAAAAUCCCAUCACUACAAAAACAACUUUGAAAC